AUGGAGUUCGAUCCCAAGACCCCGUCAUACCUCACCUCCGACCCGAAGAGCUUCGGCCACAAGUCCGUCAACGACCGAUGGCCCGUCAUUGUGACCAGUGCCAUCGACGACCUGCACCGGACCGUCGCCGAUGUCACCGACGAGGAGAAGCGCAAAGAAGGAAAAUCGAUCAUUGAGCAGCUGGCGAAGCUCAAAUAUGAGAUCCAGCAUGAUAGACAGAUGACUCCUCUCCAGGAUGACAGCGAACCGGGUAUCGAGGAGUACAACGAGGAAUUGGAGCAGCGAGGAAACCCCAAGUGGCAUGACGUGUCAUGGCUAUUUUCGGAGUGCUAUCUCUACAGGCGUGUGGCCACUCUAUUUGCCCUCUCAAAGCAUUGGAAGAGAUACGAUGUAUUUUCCCGCCAGAAGAUGGACACCUUCAAGUCUUCGCGACCCGCCGUGAUUGAAUUAGCAGCUAGAUACAAGGAAUUGGCCACUGAGGCGAAGAAAGGACACAACACUGAAGAAACUGACCGUCUGCUUUUCAGGGAGAUGUGCGAGAUCUGUCUAUGGGGGAAUGCGACGGAUCUUUCACUUUUGACAUCUCUCACCUACGAGGAUAUCCAGAAACUGCAGGGCUCCCAGGCGCGCAAGGACGCAGAGGAAAACAUUCUCGUUAAUGACCUGGACGCCGCAUUCGCUGCUCUCAGACAAAGCAAGAACGAAGGGAAGGCAGAACGCCGCGUGGACAUUGUCCUGGACAACGCCGGUUUCGAGCUUUUCGUCGACCUUAUCCUUGCUGGAUACCUCUUGUCCGCUGGCAUCGCCACAUCGGUGGCCCUCCGCCCCAAGGUGAUCCCCUGGUUCGUGUCGGAUGUUGUCCCUCAAGACUUCGCGGACCUUAUCCAGGCCCUGGCCGACCCACAGAGCUUCUACACUGCACCUGAUGACUCUGGAAGAGAAAAGACCCCGCUUUCAGACAAGGAGCUUGAAGAAGUCAAGUUCCUUUUCGAUCAGUGGAGCAACUUCCACGCGGAGGGCAAGUUGAUUAUCCGCCCUCACCCCUUCUGGACCAUGGGUGGCAGCUACUGGCGCUUACCGCACGUCGCACCGGACCUGUUCGAAGACCUGAAAGAGUCCGAACUCGUCCUUUUCAAGGGCGACCUUAACUACAGAAAGCUGACAAACGAUGCUGCCUGGGACCCUACGACACCCUUCACAACCGCCAUCGGUCCGCUAGGCCCGCACUCCGGCAUCCGUGCCAUGUCCUUCCGUACCUGCAAGGCCGAUGUCGUUGUUGGUCUCCCCGCUGGCAAAGACGAGGAACUGCGCAAGGUCUAUGGAGGCUCGGGAUCCGGGGGCCGCGAAUGGGCUUGGAGUGGGAAAUGGGCCGUGAUAUCUUUCUCUGAUGGAAAGGCUUGA